CAAAGUCAUCGCAACUAGCUGCGGUCUACUUCAAUUUCCUCGAUCUACAUGUGGAGGUACUUGGCCGUGUUCCCUGGGACCUGUUUGUUGUAUCGGAACAUAUAGUAUGACGUUCCUGUAUCCACUAUCUCUUAUAAAGAAUUGCACAUGCCCUGAAUGUCACUUUUGAGUUCUUGUCACAACAACAACCUUGCCCUAUAGUGGAAGCCGUCCAGUCCAUUCACCCCCCUAGCUGCCGACCAAGCUCGCUAGUGCAAGGAUGAAGAACUUUGCAACUCUUGCAGCUUUCGCUGCUGGAGGAAAUGCCCUCGUCAGCCGCGCCGACUCGUGCUGCUUCCACCUGACUGCUUCGGGCGCCGCAUCUGGCACGGUGGGCCAACUUGGUGAUGGUCAGAAUCGUCUCGGUGGUGGUCUUGCUGCAGCCUCGUUCUGCAUCGAUUCGAAUGGUGCAAUUACUGAUAGCAGCGGACGUGGCUGUGUCGUGACUAGCUCUGUGACUCAGUUCCAGUGUGAUUUAGGUACCACCGCCCAGACUGGCUUCUCGAUUUCGUCCGGCGGUCAGCUGGAGUACCAGGGCGACUCUACCUUUGUGGCAUGCCAGACGGGUGACAACGGUGAAUUGAACAUCUAUACCACUGAGAGCUCUUCGGUGACUGGAUGCUCAAGCAUCACGCUGGCCGCCGAUUCUUGCUCGGGUUCUGGUACUGGUGCUGGAGGUGGCGGCGGCACAGCUACUGCAGUAUCCUCGGUUCAGGUGCCCGGCCAAACUGGCAAACCCGGCUCGGUUCUUCCAGGUCAAUCCUCUGCUUCCGUUCCUGGUGGUGCUGCUUCAGGCACAGGUGUGCCUGGUGGGGUUUCUCCAGGUCAAUCCUCUGCUUCCCUCCCUGGUGGCGCUGCUUCUGGCACAGGUGUGCCUGGCGGGGUUUCCCCAGGUCAAUCUUCUGCUUCGAUCCCGGGUGGUCCUAUCUCCAGUGCACCAGUGCCUAGCGCUGGAUGUGCCUCCGCUCAGACAGUCACCGUCACCACUACCGUGAUCCAAUCCAAUUGCGCAGCAGGAUCUUCGGGUGUUCCUGUACCGAUUCCAAUUCCUGGUACUAGUGUUCCAGGCGUUCCUCAGAGUACACAACCUGCCGGCACUCAGCCCGCAGGAACUCAGCCUGCAGGAACUCAACCCGCCAGUACUGCACCCGGUGGAACCCAACCUGCUGGUACUGCACCUGGUGGAACCCAGCCCGCCGGCACUCAGCCCGCAGGAACUCAGCCUGCAGGAACUCAACCCGCCGGUACUGCACCCGGUGGAACCCAACCUGCUGGUACUGCACCUGGUGGAACUCAGCCCGCCGGUACUCAGCCCGCUAGCACUCGGCCCGGUCAGCCUGGCGUAACUCAACCUGCUGGCACCCAGCCUAUUCCUGUUCCGAUCCCAAUUCCUGGAACUAGUGUUCCAGGUGUUCCUCAUAGUACUCAGCCUGCCGGUACUCAGCCUGGCGGAACUCAGCCCGCCGGAACUCCGCCCGCUGGAACUGCACCUAGUGGAACUCAGCCUGCCGGCACCAAGCCCGCCGGAACUACACCUGGUGGAACUCAGCCGGCAGGAACUCAGCCCGCCGGUACUCAGCCUGGCGGUACUCAGCCCGCCGGAACUACACCUGGUGGAACACAGCCCGCCGGUACUACGCCUGCAGGAACUACACCUGGUGGAACGCAGCCUGCCGGUACUAAACCCACCGGAACCCAGCCUGCGAGCACUCAAUCUGCUCCCUCAGGAACAUCUGGAGGCGCCAGCAGUACUCAACCAUCAGCUUCCGCUACUCGGUCAGGCGCUGCCAGCUGCCCAACUGACCUGUCUGGUGACUAUGAGUAUCCUCAUCUCAUUGUCCCUGUCAACUCCUCCACCCCUGAUACCGCCUAUGGCUCUCAGCUCUUCGGCACUGUUUCGUCCACAGUGUCGACCAUCUUCAAUUUUGAUAUCCCGUCUUCUGACUCCGGCAAGACAUGCAGCCUCAUCUUCUUGUUCCCUAAUAAGGAGGAUCUCGAGACCUCUGACUACACCUUCAGUGGUGACGGCAAGGUUGACUUCUCUCAGCUGACAUCUGCUGCUGGGCUGAAGACCACGUAUAACAGCGCUCCGUCGGUCAAACAGGACUAUGGAGAGAUUACCAUUUCACCCGGAAACUCCUACCUGGUUGCCUCUUUCUCGUGCCCGGCUGGUCAAACCGUGGGUUAUGAAAUGAAGGGCACGGGUAACACCUACCUCAACUUCUUCGAGGACUAUAACCCAUCUCCUCUCGGUUUAUUUAUCACCGUCUGCUAACUUGGUUUCCUUGACGGCUGAUCCAUCGGACAAGAACGCGAACAUGAAUCCUGGACCCAUAAUUUUUUCGUUUCUUUAUUUAUACUGAAUAUUCCCUUCUAGUUCUGGCAAUAUGAUUUUUUUCUAUG